AUGCAAAGGGAGGUUAUUUGGCCUAGAAAAGAGAGCCAAGACAACGACACUCCUCCAAUUCCCAAGAUCCGUGGGUGCGCUGUGGUGGGACCGAAGUGUGGUAGUUUGGGUAACUCAUGUGGUGGUUUGGGUGGGUUGGUUGUUUUGUGCAGUCGGGGUAGUUGUGCGAGAGGGAGACGUGGCGGACCAAGGUGGUCUGAGAAAUUGUUGAAUGGAAGUGACAAUGCCGGUAGGAUUUGGGCAUCCAUAGUAGUUGUUUGCUAA